CAACAUGCGAUGAAAUAAGUGCCGGACCCUACUUCGAAGUUGAUAUUUUGUUUGUUAAAGCAGAUAGAAUUAUCCAUCCUGUCCUUACUAUAAAGGCUCAUUGCCGCACACGCUCCCGAGUUCAAUCAUCGGGUUGGCCUAUGACGUAUUUCCACCAUUGACAGCUCCGCACCCUCGCCCAUCAUUUCGAUGCAGCGGGCGCUCAGGAGAUCAAGCCAAUUAACAAAUUCACUAUUUAGUUCUGCUCGUAGAUACAAGUUUAUGUCUACAAUGGCGCUGAAAACAAUCACUGCUCAAAAUGCAGCAGCGUUAGAUAAAGAUCUGAUGGACUCUGGGGCCUUUUCAAUUGAUCAAUUAAUGGAAUUGGCUGGGCUUUCUGUGUCUCAAGCCGUGUAUAAAGUUCACCCACCGUGCAAAGGCAAAAAUGUGCUCAUUGUUUGCGGCCCCGGCAAUAACGGCGGAGACGGACUCGUCUGUGCCCGUCAUCUAGCUCACUACGGUUACAAUCCAACAAUAUAUUACCCCAAACAUGCCAAAAAUGAGCUGUAUGAACGCCUCAAGGUCCAACUCCACAACCUUUCAGUCCCAUUCACUGAUGACUUUGCCGGCGCUCUUUCUACCACCACCUUGAUAGUCGACGCCAUCUUUGGUUUCUCCUUCGGCGGUCCUCUGCGUGAGCCGUAUCCCGCUAUAAUCUCCCAGAUAGAAUCCGCCAAAGUACCUGUCGUGUCCGUUGACGCGCCCAGUUCAUGGGACAUUGAAACUGGUCCUCCAAAGGAUGGACCUGGGGCUCGGUUUAUGCCAGAAGUGCUUGUUAGCUUGACGGCUCCGAAACCCUGCGUGAAGUUCUUUAGAGGGAGGCAUUUCAUCGGGGGACGGUUUCUAACGAAAGCGACUGCGGAGAAAUAUGGGUUAGAUGUACCUGACUACCCAGGAAUCGAUCAAGUCAUGGAGAUUGAUGUAGAGGGAAGUGAGAAACUAUGAGACGCUUGGACAUGGAUUCAAUACAGCAGAGGAUAAAAAGCUGGUCACUGGUCGUUAAACGUCAUUUAAUUACUGCUAGUCAUCAAGCUAUUCAAUGUCCGUCACGUCUAGUCGAAGCACUAUAGCCUAAACUUCCAAAGUAUAGAAGAAUAGCAGAAGCAUGAUUUAGCAGUGUUUUCAAA